UCAUCAUUCAUCAACCAAACACAAAUCACGCGACACCUUUCAAAGGCGUCCACAAUGAAGAAGAUGUAUUUCAUUCAGAUGGCAGUGGUGUGUCUGAUCAUCGCCGUGGUGGCCGUUGACGUUAUGAAACGCAGCUCCGUCACUACUGUGGCAGCCGAAUUAUUUUCACUCGCAGCAGCCAUGACUUUAGUGAUCAAGUUAUGGGUCCUAGAGAGACAAAACCACAACGUAGCAACAAAAACGAGACAAAACGAUAAGGUCUUCAUGAUCAAUGCAAGGGAUCUCUCUAUCACAUGGUCGGAUGACCCUGAAUAUUGGUCUUGGCUCCGUCUUCCGAACGAGAAACCAAAGUUACAAAAAAGAAUAUAUUUGUUUAUCCCCAGACGGACGUAUCAUGUUUCCAACUGAAAAAUCAAUUGUACGAAGAUUUAAAGUGGGAAGAUCUUCGUACCAACAGCAAGGCAGGAAAGAGAUCAUAAUCGUAUAUAUGGAGGUUGCAUAUUAUUUAUAUAUCU